UCUUCUUCUUCUCCCCUGCACCCGACAAGCCCCCCCCAAGCCACCGACUUUCUUCCCCCUUGAGAAACUCGGUGGGAUCUUGAUGAAUUCUCUUCCUUUCUUGUUAAAUCACAAGAUUUGAGGCUUAGAAUCUUCCCUCUCAACCCAGAAAAUCCCGGAUUUGCUCUGCUCUUCUCCUCUGUCCGCCGGCUGCUAUGUGGGUUUGAAUUUCUGGGCAUUUUUCGGUCCGUGAGUUUCCCCUGCAGAUGCCGCCGGCUUCUUCUCCCUGCCAAGUCCGGUUAUUGCUGGAAAAUUCUGGUAUGAUGGCCACUUCUUUAAGCCCUAAAUUAGCCAUUUAAUUGCUGCUUUGUGUGUCCGAAUUGUGCCAAAAAUGGGGAGGAAUUCCGGUAGCAUUUAGUAGCAUUUUAAAUGUGUUUUAAGCUUGAUUAAGUAGAAUUGAGCUUGAAUUAGCUGCUGUGAUGUUUUGUGUGAAAAUUCCGUGUGUGUGAAUUGUGAUUUGCUAAAGUUAUGCUCUCCCUGUGCUGCCGUGAGAAAUGGGAAAAUUUUGGUAGAUUAAGUUAUGUUUUUAAGCUUGGUUUAAGUGUAAAUUAGCUUGAAUUGGGUUGUUGUGAUUUUGGAGUGAAAUCCCGUGAAUUAGCUAGUGUUUUGGCCAAUUUGUGGAAGUCAGAGUUACUGUUCACGUCUGGGGGUUAAACACUAGUAAUUUCUGUAGCCUGUCAGUGGGAGGUUUAUAACACUGGCUGUGACCUAUAGAGGAGACGUCUAUUUCGUGCCCGUACUGUAUCCGUUUUUCGUGAUUACACUUGUUGGCAUGCUAUAAGUUUAAUUAAGGGCAAUCCAUAUUUUACUUACUGAGUUAUCUCACCUCGUUUUUCUCAUCCACCAUUUCAGGUAGUGUGCCCCGAGACUCGGAAAUCAAGGGGAGUGACGUGAUAAAAGGCUAGCCACUUGAGAUUUGACAUAGAUUUUAGAUACAUGAAAGAACUUAAUUGGGAGAACUCAUAAUUUUUAGGAGCAAAUUGCAAAAAUCAGAAACAUGAGGAUUAACUUGUGCAGAAUCCAGAAGUCAGGGACCAGAACUGUAAUUUCAGCAUUAACAGAAAUUGAUUACAAGGCCAAAAACCUGACAUGGUGGUGUGCGCUGAACAGAAGGUGUCGACAACUUGUUGAAGGUGUUGAUCCCUUACGCAAUUUUCACAAAAUCCAUGUUUAAUUUAUUAUUUUGGGUGUAGGUCUUAUUUUUAUUUUAAUUAAGGUUUCUAAAAUCCUAUAAAUACUCAUCCAAGUUUAGCUUUGGGAGGCUGGUAGCAGUCCUCUUUUGGAUACCCUUGGAGAUUAAAAUAGAGGAUUUAUU